AUGGAUUCGGUGAGUUGUCUCAGAACAUUUCUUGAUCGACUGCCGACAUUAUGCGGAGCCAGGCACGAUCAAUCAGUCAAGUUCCUCUUAUGGAAGGCUAUACAUUUAUCAGCUGAACAUGGCUCUCAGAAUGUUAAUUGGCCAGAACUGAUAGAAGUGUUUACAUCAGAGGAAUUUAGAAAUUGUACACUAGGAAACAUACUGUCCAAUGAAACGUGGGAAGAGUCAUUUAUUCAAAUUCAAGAUACAAAUACUCAUCAUGGUGUUUGCAAUCGAAUAUGUUUUCCACCUGAAACAGUAUAUUAUUGUUUUACCUGUACUUUAAAUCCUAUUUAUGAGAUAUGUGAAGAAUGUUUUGAUGAGAGUAAACAUGUAGGCCAUACCUACACAGCAAGAACUGUAACGAGAGCAGAGGGGAAAAUAUGCCAUUGUGGUGAUCCAGCUGUAUUUAAGAAGCCUGAAUUAGCUUAUUGUUGCAAAUCCUAUAGGGAUUCAGGAUACACACCUGAUUUGACAAACAAAGAUGGUUUCCUCUUAAAAACAAUUAAUAUUCUUGUAGAUUUUCUCAUUGAAUAUUCAUUGAAACAACCAAAUUUAUCUCUUGAAGCUCCAGAGAAUAACGAAUUCACGAAUAAUAAAAAUAAAAAACCGCUAAAAGAUGUGCAUUUAAGGGAUAGUAUGACUGAUGGCGCUGAAAUUAUGGAUACAUCAACUGAUGAUAUGACCAAUUUUGAAUUAGAACAAGAACCCACUUGGGCGAUUACCAUCAGAAGUGAUGAUUGUGAUUUACAUUAUAUAGAUUUAGCUUCACGCGUGUCAGAUAUACUGAACAUACCUAACGAGUAUGCAAUUGGUAUUGUUGAUAGUUUGCAAGAUGAUUGCUCUAUUGUCACAUUAGUGGAAUCGAAUGACUUAAGCAAAAUAAAGGCCCUGGCGGAUGAAUUCUACAGUAAAAAUGUAAAUGUUAGAAUUAGCAAGCUCGAGUCUAUUUUCAAUCAAUUAUUGAUAGAAGAUAUUAUAUGUUACAUUACAAAGCGGUGUUUGCUUGAUAAAGGUAAUAUACGAUUCAAGCACCUGUUAAGGUUAUCGCUAAUUGAUAUAUGGAAUUCAGAACUGCCGACAAAACAACUAAACAAAAACAACAAUCUGAAUCCAUACAGUUCUAAAAUAAAUUUGCUAGGUGGUUUUUUAGUUUCUUCUGAGCAAAAUCCAGACAAUCCUUGGUUCAAAAAAUGGAGUUUCCCUGAGAUCAAAGACAACUAUGUACAGAUGGUCAUAUCAAACUAUAAUCAAAGAAUCGAUGAAGCUAACUCCCCUGAUACUUUAGCACAUUUUUACACUUUAUAUGGUUCAAGGAUGCAAUAUCUGCUUUCAGAAAGCUUAAUGUUGUUCUGUUCUGUUACAAAACGGCAACUACUAAAAAUUGUGAACUCAGUAUUUUCUAUUUCUGACAAUUGCAGGAAAUUUGUGGCUGCGCAGUAUUUGGACAUUUAUCUAACACUACUGUACAAAACAGUAGCAAGUGAUACAACAGGGUUUAGAGUUUGCACCAUGAGCUUAAUUUCGCAACAGAUUUUUCUUGAACCAACUUAUGCUGCCAUGGCAAUAGAAUCUGGGUUCAUAGAGCGUACAUUGAAGUUUGCUUUCACGCUAAUGUAUUUUGAGUCUGACGAUCUUCUUCCUUAUCUUUCUAUUCCACUACAUUCCGGAUUCCAACUUCCUCAAGAAACAAUAAAAAGUCGACGUACUAUCAUUUGCUUCAAGGACCUGUGCUGUGUCAUGUCAACCAACCGGAACCCAUUGUUAUUGUUACAAAGAGAGGAAACUUUUAAUGCUGUGCUGAAAACAUUUGAAGCCUUUAGCGCAAUACUUCCACUGAAAAGAGAAACUUCAGAGCAUGUUGAGUUCGAGAACUUUGACUUUUCUGCUUUCUAUUUCUUUUUCUCAUCAUGUUUAAUAAUGAUGGAUGGAUAUAUUCGUAACUUGUCAAUGGUUGAAGAUAAGAAUAUACGUGCCAAGAUAGCUGUACGGAUGCUUGAAUUGGUUAUGGAAAAUGAGUUUACUGCACUGGCGAAAUCCAGAAGCGAGAUCACUUCGCGGAAUAUGAAUGUUGAAAAACUGCCAGGGAACAUAAAACUACCAACUUAUAAUAAGCUUCCUUUCUUAAGAGAGAGAAUCUGCAAUCAUGUUUCAGAGGUAGUAAACUUCCAAGUUGGCAUCGAUACCCAGAAUCUCUUUAAUCCGAUGGCAUACAUGUUCAAAUUUGUUUUGCAAUGGGCGCGGUGUGGGAGAUACGAGCCUCUUAACUACAACGGCAACACAGUGCUUGAUCUCAAAACAAUUUUUGAGGAUAAGCAGAAGGCUUUAUAUAUUUCAGAGUCAUCCUUGGCUACACUAGUUCUUAUAGGGCAAGUUCGUGUUGGAUUUUGGGUGAGAAAUGGAACUCCCAUGACACACCAAAUUCGAAUGUAUACCAAGUACAGUAUGAGAGAGUUCACUUACUUCAGUGACUUUUUCAAUGUUCAAUUCAGUAUGGCAAUUGCAGAUCCUAAUGAAUUCAUGGUGACCUAUCUUUAUAAAUGGGGCCUCAAGCACUGGUCAAAUGGAAUUCCAAACUGCGAUUACCCUGAUAUGGAAAUAACGCUAUCUAUUGUUGAAGAAGCCUUGAUUCUUCUUAUACAAUUGCUGACUGAUAUGAAGUCUAUUGUGGUAAUUUCCUCUAUUGAUAGUUUUGAGAAGACCCUCAAAACAGAAAUUAUCCAUGCCAUUGGUUUCCAAUCGUUCACAUACUCUCAGAUCAUGGCAAUGAUUCCCGAGCAUAUAACUAAGCACAACGCUUUUGACAUUGCACUUAAAAAGUAUACUACAUAUUCACCUCCCAGUGGCCUAUCAGACUCAGGCUUAUUUUCUCUAAGAGAUGACCUCAAGUGUGAGAUUGAUCCAUACUAUAUUGGUCUGCCCAAUGGUAAGCGAUAUGAAAUAGAACAACAACUGCGAAAACAUAUUUCUGCAAUUAAGGAUAUUCCUUAUGAAUUGUCUUUUGUACCGGCAAAAAGAGUCAUCGAUGAUAUCAAAGAAAGUGCGUUUCCAAAUUUAUUUGCUAUAACAUCAAAGGAUACGUUUGGUUUAUUCAUCAAAAAUUCUCUAGACCAUAUUAAAAAGUUUGAAAAUGAGGGUUUACUACAUCGUAUCCUGCAUCUAAUUCACAUAUGUGUUGUUAAUAACGUAAACGACUUUGCCAAAAUAUUCUGGAGAGAAUACGCAAUCGUCGAUACUGAAUAUUGCAAUGACCAUAGCAUUGGGUCUAUAUUGUACUCUUGUCUAUUUAAGGACUGCUUUUCAGACUUACAUGGAAAGAUCAAGGAAAUAUUCAGUAUUUUCAACAGUGAAGCUGCCCAUAUAAAUGUCGAAGAAUAUUUGAAAGAGCAAACAGUAAACUUCAAUCCUAAAAUUUUGGUGUCAUCAGAUUCUUCAUCGUGUCGAGAUGAAGAAUUUGAAAGAAAGAAGAAACUUGCGAUGAUUCGAAAGGAAAAGAUGCUUAGAAAGCUUGCUAAACAACAAAAAAAGUUCAUGAAGUUAAAUCGAGAAGCUAGUUGCGAAGAUUCAUUACCAACAACAGCAACUAAUUCCUCAGAAGACUUACUGAUGUGUGAUGACAAGAUGGGGACCCCAGAAAUUUUAGAGGAGACAUGCGUCUUUUGUAAGAUGUAUAAGGAUGACGAUCAGUUCAUCUACUUUGCCUACUUGGAGCGUAAUAUAUGCGAUAAAGGCGUUUGCACUGGACACCAAUAUGGCCAGGAGGAGACAAUGGUUACAGAUUCUGUAGUUAGAGCCUGUGGACACGGGGCACAUACCAAAUGUUUGGCACAUCACAUGAAGUCUGCAAGGUUGUUACACAAUCAAACCACCAAGAAUGUUCCAAUUGCAUAUGGAAUGGGUCUUAUCUAUUGUCCGCUCUGUGCUGCUUUGUGUAACUGCAUUAUCCCACACAUCACAAACAAUAAUGCAUCAACUAGUAACUUGAUAAGUGCCAACAAAACGAAUUCAUUUAGUUUCAAUGAAUUGUUCGAAGAUAGCAUAUCUGAGAUCGUGAUAAAAUCCGGCUUUAUCUUUUCCGAUUUAUGCAAUGAGAAAUACUCCAAGGAAGAUAAUUUGAACCACUUGUUCAUCACUGUGUCGAGAUUGCUCUACAACACUGUUGCCAAUUUUGAACUACGUAUCAGAAGAAAUUUGCAAAAGGGCUUUUACAAGAAAUCUGGUAAGAAGUACAUUCCAAAUAUGGGAUCCUUAUCCAGUAGGCUGUUGAAUGAUAUGAGAGUGUAUAUGAUAAAGUAUAUGAGUAAGCAUGAUGUUACAAUCAAACUUGAAGAUAGCUUUCUGGCUGCUGCCUGCCUUGUCGCCGAUUCGGUAACUGGAAAGGAACUGGGCAGUAACGUGCCUACAAUGACAAUCAGCAAGAUUCAAAUGGACAUUGAUGCCAUUGUCUCGCACAUUGCGACUUGUGAGUUCUCCGAUGAAAGCGAAUCAGAUAUCGAUAUGUUUGACAUAUCGAGUAAGGAAGAAGUCAUGGCACAAACCUGUGGAUAUUUAUUGGGCCAUGGCUGUGAAAAAGCUGUGCAAACCAAUCUGGAGCGCAUUGACAUUUGGAGACGAUUACGGGAUUCAGCACUGGUGUUCUUGCGCCGUUUGUUCAUAUUGAGCAACCUAGCUAGUGAGAAGAUCACGCUGGCCAAUUGUGACCAAGGCCCUGACCACGAGUUGAGUUUUUACAGCGAGUACUUCUGUAUUGGAUUAGAACUACCACAACUGGUGGAACAAGCAGUGAACCAAUGGACUGCCACGGGCAAGCAAUGCUCUGAGUUCAACAUAGUGUGCACCAACACGCCGCUGCAGUUGUACAGCAUUCCACGAAACUUAUCCAACUACGAGAAGGACUUGCGGUCCAGCCAGCACCUGAUGCUGGGCAGGUCUCCCACGGACACCACAGACCUGGCGCUGUGUCUGAUGUGUGGCGAACACGUCCGGACGCAGCGGCUAGUGUCGCGCCUCGGCUACGAGAUCGGCGAGUGCACGAACCACUGCAGGAACGAGUGCUCCAUGGCCACCCCAUUCGGCACAUUCCUGCUGGUGCGCAGCAACGCCAUCUACAUCGCCUACGGCAACCGCGGUGUGUUCUACCCUGGCCCAUACCUCAACGAGUUUGGCGAGAGAGACGUGGAGUUCAAGUACGGCACCCCCGUUUACCUGAACCAGCAGCGCUACGAGCACUUCUGCGACGAGAUACUGCUGGGGAACAUGAUCCCCCACGUAGUGUUCAGACUCACCGACGGAAAUGCAGACCUCGGCGGCUGGGAAACCAUGUAA